AGCCUUUUCCCAUUUUCUUUUUUGUUAGAAUUUGAGCUGCUAUUGCUAUUUUACAAAUCUCUCUCUCUCUUUCUCUGAGAGCUAAAAGUGCAUCAAUCGCCGAAGAAAAUCUCUCUCAUUUAGUCUCGCUUUUUCCCGUUCUCGCUAAUCACUUCAAUACCUCAAGGAUCUGGUGUUUCUUCCACUUCAAAUCUUACCCUUUUCCAAUCACAUAAAAAGGCAUUGAAACAAUUUUUUUAUUUUUUAUAAAGCUCUUGGGCUUUGAAUUCUGAAUCUAGGGUUCUGUGAUCUGUAUAUGUGUAUCGAUGAGUAUGGAAAUCGCGGUGGAUGCGGGGUCGUUUGACGCCGAGUUGUUGCAACUUACGGAGGUGUCCCCUUUGGCCCUCAAAUCGAAUCCAAGCUACGUCGAGUCGCUCUUCGAGCAGUGGCUUUCGCUUCCCGAAACUAACCGUCUGGUGACACAAUUGCUCGCUGAAGCAAAGGCAGGUGGACCCUUAACUGUCCAUGGCAACUCUUCUAGUCCGCAUGCCACUGCAGGCAAUGCUUUGCCUUCCAUGUUUCCAGCAGGCAGUGCACCACCACUGUCACCAAGAAGUUCAUCUGGCUCCCCUCGCAUUAUGAAACAGAGGACUGGCCCUUCUAAUUUAGGUUCUCCCCUGAAAGUAGUUAGUGAGCCAGUUAAAGAAUUGAUACCUCAGUUUUACUUUCUAAAUGGUCGCCCACCUCCAAAUGAACUAAAGGAGCAAUGUUUAUUUAGAAUAAAUCAGUUUUUCUCUGGAAACGCGGACGGACUGCAGAUGCAAGAAUUUAAAUCAGUUGCUAAGGAAGUUUGCAAGCUGCCUUCAUUCUUCUCCACGUCUCUUUUCCGAAAGAUUGAUGUUAAUAGCACUGGAUUUGUAACAAGGGAUACAUUUACUGAUUAUUGGGUCAAUGGCAACAUGUUGACGAUGGAUAUAGCUACUCAAAUAUAUUCAAUCUUAAAGCAACCAGAUCUCAAGUACCUUACUCAGGAUGACUUUAAACCUGUCCUUCGAGAACUUUUGGCAACUCAUCCAGGGUUGGAGUUCUUACAGAGCACACCUGAGUUUCAAGAAAGAUACGCUGAAACUGUAAUAUACAGAAUAUUUUACUACAUAAAUAGAUCUGGGAACGGUCAUCUCACCCUCAGGGAGCUGAAACGUGGAAACUUGAUUGAUGCAAUGCAACAUGCGGAUGAAGAAGAGGACAUCAAUAAGGUUUUGAGGUACUUCUCUUAUGAGCAUUUUUAUGUUAUAUACUGCAAGUUUUGGGAGCUGGAUACGGACCAUGAUUUCCUUAUCGACAAAGAGAACCUGAUAAGAUAUGGUAACCAUGCACUUACCUACCGGAUUGUUGACAGAAUAUUUUCUCAGGUUGCAAGAAAGUUUACUAGCAAGGUUGAGGGAAAGAUGGGAUAUCAAGAUUUUGUGUACUUCAUUCUGUCAGAGGAGGAUAAAUCGUCCGAGCCUAGCCUUGAGUUCUGGUUCAAGUGCGUAGAUUUGGAUGGAAAUGGAGUUCUGACACGUAAUGAACUGCAAUUCUUUUAUGAGGAGCAAUUGCAUAGAAUGGAAUGCAUGGCCCAAGAGCCUGUUCUCUUUGAGGAUAUAUUAUGCCAGAUAAUUGACAUGAUUGGACCAGAGAAUGAGAGCUAUGUCACACUCCGUGACCUGAAAGGCUGUAAGCUUUCAGGAAGUGUCUUCAACAUCCUUUUCAACCUUAACAAGUUCAUGGCCUUUGAAACUCGUGAUCCGUUUCUUAUUCGUCAGGAACGCGAGAAUCCAACCUUGACAGAGUGGGACCGGUUUGCACAUAGAGAAUAUAUCAGACUUUCUAUGGAAGAAGAUGUUGAAGAUGCCUCCAAUGGAAGUGCUGAAGUUUGGGACGAAUCGCUUGAAGCUCCCUUUUGAGUUCAACUCGGGAAUAGACUAGGAAAUUUCAGAUUCUUCUUAAACUGGCAAUCAGACAGAACUGACGACUCAUAGAAUCAGUAUAUUGAACAAACUGUGGCAGUUGUGACACCUACACUUUAUUGACGGAAAAUUCUGAACUUGGCGGUGUCGGGGUACCUUGUGCCAGCAGUAAAACAAAAAAACAAAAAAAAUGGUCUGCGUGUUCAUGAAUUAAACAAAUGAUGGGGCAGAGUACAAGCCCCAUUGCCCCGUAUCGUAGCAUGCGGAAUAGCUGCCUGCUCAAAGAUGAUAUGAUUAACCACGUCCAGUUGAAAGAUAAUAACAUCCUUAACAUUCAGCCACCCUUUCUUCCCUCUCUAUAUUUGGUUCAAUUGUUACCUCAAGUUGUAAGAUAUCACUUAUUUAAGUUUCUUAUUUAUUUUUGUUAUAGUGGUUGGUUGUUCAAAAAUACAUUCAUUUGUAAAAUUUAUUAGGUGGUGUUAGACUUUCUUUGUUAAGAAAUUUUGAGUUGGAUUUUGGUUAUUAUCAAUUGAUAUUCUUGGUUU